AUGGCGGCUGUUCUUAAUGGUUUUAGUUAUACAGGUCAUAAGCAAACAAUAACUUUGGAUUGGAAAAGUAUCCUUAAAAAAUGUGAUGACUUUUCCGGACCAGUGAAUGGAUUUAUGUUUAUUGAUUUUAAUUCAAUCAUAGAACAAACAUGCCCACGGGACACAUUCUUUGAUGUUAUUGGACAGAUUGUCUCAGUUCGACCGCUUGAAACAUCAAAUCAUGUAGCAUCCAAGCAUUAUAUCAAACUCACACUUAGCAACAUAGAGUCUGUACAUCUUAAGGUUACUAUCUUUGGAACUCAAGCAUACCAGCUGUCACAAUACCUAAAAGAGAACCCGACGGUUAAUUGUGUUGUUAUAGUGAUGCAGUUUGUUAAGCUUAACAUUUGGGAUGGAGUCGGUCAAGUUAAAAGUCAUUUUGAAGUAACCAAAAUGUUCAUAAAUUCUGACAUUGUUGAAAUUAAUGAGUACAAGAAAAGGUAUAUAAUUCCAAUCAACGUACAAGAUGGUACUGGCACCAUCGGAUUGACUCUUUUUGAUAGAGAAGCAAAGAGGUUGUUAGAUAUCAGUGCAUAUGAGUUGAAAAAGAUAUAUGAAGCGGCUGGAGACAGUCAUGCACUAUUUCCAGUGCAACUUAACGUGUUGAAAAACCGCAAGUUUGCUUUUCUUGUAGAUAUUACAAAAUACAAUGUCAACAACUAUAAUAAUAUCUACACCAUUCUCAAGCUUACAGAAGAUGUAUCCAUUGUUUCAGAAUUGGAAAGUAAAUUAGAACUUAUGAGUAUUGAAUCUGUCUCCUUAAAUCAAGUGCCUUUGGAAUCAGAUGAUGUUGUACAGUCUGUUCAAAAGGAUGUCAUCUCACAAACAGAUGAAAGCUUUACACCAUCAACAGUUAAUAAAUCAACCGCAACAACACCGGGCAAAAUAUCAACUGAUUUGAAGCGCAACCUCCAAGACAUUUAUGACGUUAAUUCUGGAGAUGAUUUAAGUUCAACUAAGGCUAAAAGAAAAUCAAUCGGAGAUGAAACUCCACUCUUAAUUCCAAAAGUCGAGAAGUGA